AUGGUGGUUGACACAACGUACUACGAUCUACUCGGCAUUGCUCCUGAUUCUAAAUCCAUCGAAAUCAAAAAAGCUUAUCGGAAGAAGUCGAUUCAAGAGCACCCUGAUAAGAAUCCCAACGAUCCUUCUGCCACGGAACGAUUUCAAGCUAUUUCCCAGGCCUAUCAAGUCUUGAGUAAGGAUGACUUGCGUGCCAAAUAUGACAAGUUUGGAAAAGAGGAAGCGGUGCCCAAGGAGGGAUUUGAGGAUGCUGCUGAGCAGUUCUCAAUGAUUUUUGGAGGAGACGCAUUUGCUUCAUAUAUUGGUGAACUGACGCUGCUAAAAAACCUCCAAAAGACGGGAGAAUUAAGCGCAGAGGACGAAAAAGAUGAUUUGAAUGAGAAGAAAGAAGAAUCGGCCAAGAAAGAUGUUUCAGAGACAGCAAAUGGCGCUGCUGAAAACUUAAAAGGACUGCAUAUAUCGGGAAAUUCCAAUCUCUUGCCCGAAGCCAGGCUCAAAGAACAGGCCAAGGAUGAAGGUGAGAAGCCAAAGAGGAAGACUAAACUCGAAGUAUUUGAGGAGGAGCAGAAGUUAGAAAAGGAGAAAAGUAUAGAGGCGCUAAGCAAGCUGCUGAGCGACCGUUUAUCGAUCCUGACGGAAAGUGAAUACAAUGCUGCGUGCAAGGACUCGUUCUCUAAAAAGUUCGAAGAAGAGGCAAAUAUGCUGAAAAUGGAGUCUUUCGGACUUGACAUACUUCAUACCAUCGGUUAUGUAUACUGCGAAAAAGCUCAAAUCUUUUUGAAGUCACAACAGGUAUGGGGAUUCGGGGGGGUGUUUCAAUCACUCAAGGCUAAAAGUGGAGUAGUCAUGGACACAUUGAAAACGGUUUCGGCGGCUUUAGAUGCCCAAAACACGAUGCAGGAAUUAGAGAAACUCAAAGCGAUUGCAGAAUCAGAUGAAGUAUUACGUGACGAGAAAGGCCAAGAAAUAGCCAAACCUACUGUAGAAGAGCUUGCACAGUUAGAGCAGCUUUUAAUGGGUAAGGUGCUUUCAGCGGCUUGGCACGGAUCCAAGUUCGAAAUAAUGUCAACACUGAGGUCUGUUUGUGAUAAAGUUCUAGAAGAUGAUCAAGUGGACAACAAAACUUUAAUUAGAAGAGCCGAAGCACUUGUAAUUUUGGGAAGGGUUUUCAAGAGCGCAUUGAGGUCGAAGGUGGAGCAAGAAGAAGCACAGGUCUUCGAAGAACUAGUAGCGGAAGCCACUAAAAAGAAGUCAAAGCGAAAGUGA